AAAUAGCUUUGUAGAAUUUACACUAACAAUGAUAAUUUGAACAUAUGCAAAAAACUAUAGUUAUUGGACGCUGAAAAUCCAGUUAUUGGACGGGUAUUAUCUAAUGUGGUAUAAUCAUUUGUAAAAUGCUUUUUUUGACUGAUUAUAUUUGUCGUAUAAUUGAUCGACUUCCUUAUCGUCAAUAUCUUCACAAUCCUCGUCACUAUCACUCAAUCUGUAGCAGUUAUGACAUAUGUAUAAAUCGUCAUCGCUAGUCAUGUUAUGUGCGU